AUGUUAGACGACGAUGAGGUGUACGAGCUAAAAUUUAUCAAAAAGAAAAGUUACAAUGACUUUUUCCCCGUUGAGAAGCCUUCUGUUGAUGUAAAUAGGCGAUUUGCAUUUCUUUCCAGACCUCUAGAUCUCGUUCUCUUCUUAGGGGUUCUAACUUUGGCCAUCUCCUUUGUUAUUCGCUGCCUCCUGCUCAUGUCGGUUUCAGAUAAGGUAAUCGUUUCCUCCCAGGUCCUCGGCUUUUGUGCAGUUUAUGAGGGCCAUCUGAACGCCAACAAGACAGUCUUACGCUUCUACGGAAUCCCUUAUGCUAUUGCGCCUCUUCGCCGACCAAACGAAUCCGGUGAACUUCUACUUGCCAGGCUUCAAGAGGACCUCGGACUCAUGACUCCGGGCGUCGAGCAGCCCGAGUACUUUCAGUUUAAGCACAGCCUGCGCUGGCAGAAGCCGAUCCCCGUGAACAGCUUCGAGACAUGCCUGCUGAGCCAUCAGGACCGCUGCCAGUUUGCGGAUGGCGGCUGGGCGUGUGACAUGCGAGUGCCAAGAGGCGCUAAAAACUGCUACCAAUCAGUCCUUUCGUCUGGCAUGGCACCGCCAGACGAGGCGGAUAUUGACGGAUCCUCUGAGGGCUGCUUGAAUGUAGACAUUGCCGCGCCGCCCUACAUGGACCAAUUGCUACCAGUCGUGAUAUUGGCUACGGGUGAGCAAUUUCUGACAAGCCCCCUAGCACCGCCAGACUUCAGUCAAUUGGCCUUCGCCCCGUCGGACUUCGCAGUCCUGGCUACUCAGGCGAUUUGGGUUCGAGUCCACUUCCGGCUGGGCUUGGCCGGCUUCUUUUUCAACCUCAAGCGCAACUACGAGGCCGCCAGGGUCAAUAUGACGACCUCGGAACGGCGGGAGUCAGAACGUCGACUGCACCAUGUCAACUUUGCACUUCACGAUUUGCGGGCGGCUGUCGAGUGGGUGCAUGCGAAUGCAGUCCGGUUUGGUGGCGAUCCGAGUCGAAUCACUCUUCUAGCGCACGGAUCGGCCGCCACAGCUGGCCUGGCCCUGCUCAAAUGGUUGAGCACCGAGGCAGCCACGGCCAUGGAUACGGCAGGCAAGAGUUUGGAUCGAAGCCGAAAGUCCCUUUUUCGCUCUGUCUGGCUGGCCAGCGGAUCAGUCCGCUGGGGAGCCAGCAACUUGAAGCCUGUAGGCGUAGGCAAGACGGCCGGUGGUAAUGCAGACUUGACGACAGCCGAAAAGAGGGAUAGCAAUGACACGGUAACAAGUAGCCCUGCUGCGUCAAUUUUAUCGGCUGGCGUGAACCGAAGUGAGCAGGCCUACAAUGCGCAGUUGAGGCAUAAUUCUACAAAUGGGGGAUCGGGAGGAUCAAAGGACUCGAGAUACAAUAACGGGGAAAAGGUUAUUCAGUUCAACACAACGGGUGCUGAAAGUGGUCAAGAAAAACCGACCGAUUCCGAGGGCCUAGGUAAGUUAAAAGGAGAAGAAACUGAUCAGGAACCUUCGGAACUGGAUUUUGAGAAAGUGAUCAAUUCGAGGACGGGCGGAUUACUAGAUAGCCUUUUAAAAACCUCGGAAUGGCAGCAACGUCGUCAUUUAUGCUGGGCCGAUGGCUGGCCGGCCACAUCGGAGAAAUGUCCGGCCGAGAAGAUAGCAGUCUAUUUAAAGCGAUUGGAGCUCUAA